UCUUCAUCAACAAGACACCAAACUCCCCCUGCAAUUGCAAAGAGCCCUUAUCUAUUUUGGGGGAAGUCGGCCGGUGACGGUACACCGUUGAAAUCCUUUUUCAAGGGUACACAGAGUUUGGUGAAUAUAUAUUUAUAAAGAUAUCUCAUUUUAGCGGAAGUCAUGGCUACGUUUGCUCAAUCAGCUAUCCGUCCUGCUCUUGCAACCGGAUGCCACAAAAAUAUACGAGAUCCCUCAAAAGCAAACAGGACUACAAUGAUUUGUCAUGUACGAGCACACUCGGUUACAAUGAAAGGGUUCACAGGAUUGCGUGGAUCAAAUUCUCUGGAUUUUCUAUCGAGACCAGUAAGAGACUUUAAUUCCAUGGUAAAGGUUUCUGUUUCAGCCCGACGAGGGAGGGCUAGUAGAGGAGUUCCUAGGGCUAUGUUUGAACGCUUCACAGAGAAGGCCAUUAAAGUAAUUAUGCUUGCACAAGAAGAAGCAAGGCGUCUGGGACACAAUUUUGUUGGUACUGAACAAAUAUUGCUUGGUCUAAUUGGGGAAGGUUCUGGUAUAGCUGCAAAAGUUUUGAAAUCGAUGGGCAUUAGUCUUAAAGAUGCCCGAAAGGAAGUGGAGAAGAUUAUAGGAAGGGGCAGUGGAUUUGUUGCUGUCGAGAUACCAUUUACACCUCGUGCAAAACGUGUUUUGGAGCUCUCAUUGGAGGAAGCACGUCAAUUAGGUCAUAAUUAUAUUGGCUCUGAACAUUUGCUUCUUGGAUUACUUCGUGAGGGUGAAGGUGUAGCUGCUCAAGUUCUGGAGAGCCUGGGAGCUGACCCAACUAACAUUCGUUCACAGGUUAUUCGUAUGGUAGGAGAAAAUACAGAAGCUGUUGGUUCUGUAGUUGGAGGAGGAGCUGGUAAUAGCAAGAUGCCUACACUUGAGGAAUAUGGAACCAAUCUAACAAAAUUGGCAGAGGAGGGUAAACUAGAUCCUGUUGUUGGAAGGCAGCCGCAAAUAGAGCGUGUAACACAAAUUUUGGGUAGGCGAACAAAGAAUAAUCCCUGCCUUAUCGGAGAACCUGGUGUCGGGAAGACAGCUAUCGCUGAAGGUCUAGCUCAACGUAUUGCAAAUGGAGAUGUCCCAGAAACUAUUGAAGGGAAAAAGGUGAUUACACUUGAUAUGGGACUUCUUGUGGCUGGUACAAAAUACCGUGGAGAGUUUGAGGAAAGGCUGAAGAAACUGAUGGAGGAAAUUAAACAAAGCAAUGAUAUUAUACUCUUCAUUGAUGAAGUACACACACUAAUAGGAGCGGGAGCGGCGGAGGGCGCUAUUGAUGCUGCAAACAUACUAAAACCAGCUCUUGCCAGAGGUGAAUUGCAGUGUAUUGGAGCCACAACCCUUGAUGAAUACAGAAAGCAUAUUGAGAAAGACCCAGCUCUGGAAAGACGAUUUCAGCCAGUUAAAGUGCCAGAGCCAACAGUGGAUGAAACAAUACAAAUUCUGAGAGGGCUGCGUGAGCGAUAUGAGAUUCAUCACAAACUUCGUUACACGGAUGAUGCUUUAGUUUCUGCUGCACAAUUGUCGCAUCAGUACAUCAGUGACCGCUUCCUGCCUGAUAAAGCUAUUGACUUGAUUGAUGAAGCUGGUUCCCGUGUCAGGCUCCGCUACGCACAGCUUCCUGAAGAUGCCAAAGAACUUGAUAAGGAGCUCAGGCAGAUUACAAAAGAAAAAACUGAAGCAGUUCGUAGCCAAGAUUUCGAAAAGGCUGGGGAGCUCCGAGACAGGGAAAUGGAGUUAAAAGCUCAAAUAUCGGCGCUCAUCGAGAAAGGCAAAGAAAAGACCAAAGCAGAGAUUGAGUCAGGUGACGACGGAGCACUCGUCACUGAAGUCGACAUCCAACAAAUUGUCGCUUCAUGGACUGGCAUCCCUGUCGAAAAGGUCUCCAGCGACGAAUCCGACCGUCUGCUCAAAAUGGAAGAAACCCUACACAAACGAGUCAUCGGCCAAGACGAGGCAGUCAAAGCCAUCAGUCGUGCAAUCCGGCGAGCCCGAGUCGGCCUCAAGAACCCUAACCGACCUAUCGCCAGCUUCAUAUUCUCAGGCCCCACUGGUGUUGGAAAAUCCGAACUUGCAAAAGCACUCGCAACCUAUUAUUUCGGGUCUGAGGAUGCGAUGAUAAGGCUCGAUAUGAGCGAGUUCAUGGAGAGACACACCGUCUCAAAACUCAUUGGUUCACCACCUGGAUAUGUUGGAUACACAGAAGGCGGGCAGUUAACUGAAGCGGUUCGUCGUAGGCCCUACACCCUCGUCCUCUUUGAUGAAAUCGAAAAAGCGCAUCCCGAUGUUUUUAACAUGAUGCUUCAAAUUUUAGAAGACGGGAGAUUAACAGAUAGUAAAGGCCGAACCGUCGAUUUCAAAAACACGCUCUUGAUCAUGACGUCCAACGUCGGGAGUAGCGUGAUUGAGAAAGGAGGACGGAGAAUUGGGUUCGAUUUGGAUUAUGAUGAGAAGGACGGUAGUUAUAAUAGGAUCAAGAGCUUGGUGACUGAGGAGUUGAAGCAGUACUUUAGACCGGAGUUCUUGAAUAGAUUGGAUGAAAUGAUUGUUUUCAGGCAAUUGACGAAGCUGGAGGUGACGGAGAUUGCGGAUAUAAUGUUGAAGGAGGUUUUUGUGAGAAUGAAGGACAAGGAUAUCGAUCUCCAGGUGACGCAGAGGUUUAAGGAGAGAGUGGUGGAGGAAGGAUUCAACCCGAGUUAUGGAGCGAGGCCCCUGAGGAGAGCGAUCAUGAGACUUCUUGAGGAUUCGUUGGCUGAGAGGAUGCUCUCAGGCGAGGUGAAGGAAGGAGAUUCUGCUAUCGUGGACGUCGACUCUGAUGGCAAUGUUACUGUCUUAAAUGGUGGAAGUGGUACGGUUGAGCCUCUUCUUCCAGCUAUUCCGGUUUAAAUUUUAUGUUUUUGAGUUGGAUUUUAUAGAGCUUGGAUGAAUUUUGUUGGCGUUUGAUGAAAGUUCAGUGUCAUGAUGUUCUUUGCAAGUUAAGUUAAAAUAGACAGAUUGAGAUUCAAUAUCUAGAUGCAGAAAGUGUUCGUGCGUGUAUCUUUACGUUUUGUUGUGUGUUACAAUAAAGAAAGCAGGAACAUGCUAUGUAACUUAACUUCAAAGAUAGCCAUAGUUUUCAUUCGUUGAGAGAUCUUAACUCUA